AUGGGGCCGACUCUUCGGGCGAAAAUCUUUCUUCAGCCAUCACGUUCUUCGGACUCGGAUAUUAGCAUCUAUAUGUCUGUCACGGCUUCCACUAAUGAAGCAUUAGACGCUUUGAUAGGCGCCGAAGAUGACCAGACGAAACAGCAGCGACACGAGCUCGUGGCAGAGAAUGUCUGCUUCCCACACUGGACCUACAUAACUGAUCUUGAAGAUGCCACAUUCAACAUGGCCAUUGACUAUAUGCGAUCUAGACGCCGGCAUCGGAAGAAUGGUGUUUUCGAGACUGAGUGGAAAGAGCAGCCGAAGCUCGAAGACCCGACAUUGCGAGCACGUAACUUAUUAAGUGCUGCGGCUCUUUGUGGCAAUACACCCGUCGUGAACACUCUUCUAAAGUCUGAAGAAUUCGCGGCAGUCGCACAUACUGGCUCUGAAUGGACACCUUUCUUCCACCACCCGCUGACACUAGCUGCUGCUGGUGGUCAUCUCGGAGUUGUCAAAACUCUCUUGUCACAUGGUUACCGGCUAGCACGCGACACAGAGACGACAUUCAAGGUUGAUCAGUCUAUCUCCGACAAUUUGAAUGUUAGACGCGACGAAUCGGGAUUCCUAUAUUUCCCACCGCCAAGGCCGUGGAGAAAUGGUGAACAGGCAGAGUGGAGUGACAUCAGUGCUACUGCACGUCACCCACUUUCAGCUGCUGUGCUCAAUGGGCAUGCAGAUGUCGUAAACCUUCUCCUCGACAAUGAGCAUCGCUUGCCACAAGAUGAUACAAUGUAUCUCAAAGCCAUGAUGGCAGGCGCGAUGGCAGGACGAUUGGAUUUAGUCGAAUUGCUCCUUCAAGUUGUGCAGCGAUCUCUGGAGGACAUCGCCUAUCUUGGUUGGAUACUGUUACAUUAUGCUGUACUCGGAGGCCACGUGGCAACAGUCGCGACUCUUGAAAAAUGGGGGGUCAAUACAAAUGUAAACAUGUUCAGAAACUCCUUGAUGCAACAUUCAAGUUACCUGCUUCGCGGUGGCAAUCGGUUCAUGAGUACCCUCCAGAUAGCCGCAUUUGAAGGGCACACGGACAUGGUUCGGUUUCUCCUCGCCAGAUACCCCUGGGUGAACAGCCGAGGAACUUUCUCUCGCUACCCCGUCGACUGGGCAGCGAGAAAAGGCAAUCAAGAUGUCCUCGAGUUGCUUCUGGAUCACGAUGGGACUCCCGCGGACCCCAGUGUAGCAUUGAUUGGUGCAAGUGCAACGGGCCAGAUUUCCUCAGCUCGUCGAUCGAGAUUAUGGACAGGCCUAUCUGACGGGGGACGGAAAAUUAGCCGGGCAACGCGCCCUGAACAAGGCGACAAAGGCUUGCAAUUUAGAGGCCAUGACGAUACUUGUGGAAGCUGGAGCAUGUCCAAGCCACGGUGA